CUCUCUCGGGCCGCUCGCUGCCUGGAGGCGCCGCCGGAACUGCUGCGGUGGCCGCCGGUGUCUGAGUUCCCGCCGCCGCUCCCCGGGGCGGACGCUGCUGCCCAGUCGCCCGCCGAGGCCGGUGUUGGUGCCGGGGAGGGUCUUGCGCCGCCACAGCGCCGAGCGGGGACGCCGCCAGUGACCGUUUGCCCGCGCCCCCCGCCGCCCCGCUCCCCGGCAGCCAUGGUGGACGUGCUGCGGGGGCGGCGGCUCGUGGCCCCCGGCGGCGCGGCGGUGGAGGCCGAGGCGGCGCUGCAGAACAAGGUGGUGGCGCUGUACUUCGCGUCGGGCCGGUGCGCGCCCAGCCGCGACUUCACGCCGCUGCUCUGCGAGUUCUACGCGGAGCUGGUGGAGCAGGCGCGCCCGCCCGCGCCCUUGGCUGUGGUCCUCGUGUCCACCGACGGCAGCGCCCAGGAGAUGGAAGGGUUCCUGCGUCAGCUGCCCGGCGCCUGGCUGGCGCUCCCCUUCCACGACCCCUACCGGCAUGAGCUGAGGACCAGGUACCGCGUCACAGCCACCCCCAGGCUUGUGAUCCUGAAGCCCAGUGGGGAGGUCAUCACCGACAAAGGGCGCAAGCAGAUCCGGGAGCAGGGUCGGGCCUGCUUCCGAAGCUGGGUGGAGGCCGCCGAAGUCUUUCAGAACUUCUCCGGGUGAAGUGGGGGCUCUGCGGGGACCUGGGCAGGGGUGGAACCCCGGUGCUGCCGCAAGCACUUGGGGAGAAGGGGGGUUUGGGGUGUCAGAGCGGAAGCACGCUGUGCUGCCCUGGCCCCGGCCUGGCUCCCCGCGGCCUCUAGCUGUUCUCACUUUCUUAGCACAGCUUCCUCCAUGGGCGCUGGACUGUGUUGGAAAUCUGUGCAAAACAUGUAUCGACGCAGGCUCUUCACGUGAUGUAUUAACUGGAGCUCUACUUAUUGUAAGGAUAUGCUUUCACGACUGCAUUUAUUACUAAAGUGUGCGGAAUCUGUGCUUUAAUAAACACGGCUGUUCUCGCUGGGGCCUCCGCUCUCCUUUCUCCUCCCGGCGACCACGUACCCUGAGGAGGAGAACCCUCGAGAAACACUGCGUCUGUGCCCCGAAGGGGCACUUUUCAAUUUUGAGUCUUUUUGCGAUGUUUUCUUCUCUUUGUUUUUGUGCUCACAUUUAUUUUUAAUAAA